AUGGCGACUCUCACCAUGCAGCCGAUCGAUCCCGUACCUGACGCCCAAGAAGGCUCAAGUUUUCUUUGCUUUGGAUACAGAAGCGGAACUAAGCUUGCGGAGGAUGGUGGCGACCUGGGCGACAUCGACGCGGGAUGGGUUUUCCUUGGGAAAUCUGAUAUCGUCCCGCCGGAUUUGGCCGCUGCUGCUGCCGUCGGCGGCGGCCUCCACUCUUCUUCGGCGAUUCCUACCUGGGCGCGCUGGGUCCUUGGAGGUGUGGUUUUAACGGUGGUACCAUUCUACAACAGAGUCAGGAAUGUUGAAGAGGAGGCCGUGGGAUACGUGGAGACUGCUGUAGAGGUUGUGGAGCAUAUAGCCGAGGUAACGGAAAAGCUAGCUGCUAAUGUGGCUGGCCAACUUCCUCAGGAUGGGUCUCUGUGGAAAGCAGCAGAGGAGGUCGAGUACAUUGCUGACAUAGUGGAUAAGGAUGCAGAGAAGGUUGAAGCCCUUGCUAAGAAGAUCGACAACAUCAGCGACAAGAUUGAUGCUGAAGUAGAGCCUGUUAUCGAGGAGCUUGAAAAGGAACUCAACCAAUAAUAACAUGCUUUGGUAGCGCAGUUGCCCAGCUAUGAUCAGUGGUCAUGUUGACGGGAAUGUUCCCCGUUGUAUAUAACUAUAUGAGUAUGCUGUCAUGUUAAGGGUUUGUACAUAUGUGUGUCGUUCUGGAUUACAGCAAGAUCAUUGCAAGGGUGUAAGGCAUGGUGAUGGUGUGUAUUGGGUGCUCAAAGGUGAUGUGCACCACUAGUAUUGGGGACAUUGGAGUGCAGAAGUUGGUAUUGGAAUCAUUUGGAAUGUGGAACCUGGUGCUCAAAUAAUUUGUGAUUUAGAACUUUGUAGACUGCUGUCCAAAGUUGGAAAAAAGAAUGAAAUGGAAUAAAUACAUUGUUGGCAUGCCGAUUCAGUAAAA